UCCCGAAAGCUUGUGAAGUAGCGUCAUCUGUCAAGUGUUGUGUUGCACGCUGAACUGCGUACAUCUCUGUCAGUAUCAGUCCGAGACGACCAGCAGCACGGUAACGCUAUGGACGCGUUCAGCACCUCAACUGGGAGACCCUACCACAUCAUCAUCUUUGGCGCUACGGGUUUUACGGGACAGUUUGUGGUGGAGGAAGUGGCGCGCACUGCAUCUGAAGGUCCGAAGGGGAGUCUGAAAUGGGCCGUAGCCGGGAGGAGCAGACCCAAACUGGAAAAAGUUCUGGAGCAGGCCGCCGGAGUUCUCGGUAAGCCAGAGCUGCAGUCAGAAGUGUCUAUCAUCAUUGCAGAUGUCAGUGAACCGGACUCACUGGCUGCCAUGUGCAAACAGGCGGUCAUUGUGCUGAACUGUGUGGGACCUUAUAGAUUCUUUGGUGAACCUGUUGUCAAGGCAUGUGUCGAGAAUGGAGCACAUUGUCUCGAUAUCUGCGGAGAACCACAGUUUCUGGAGAGUACGCAGUUAAACUACCAUGACCAGGCUGCUGAGAAGGGGGUUUACAUUGUGGGAAGCUGCGGUUUUGACUCCAUUCCUGCAGACAUGGGUGUUAUUUACACCAGGGACCAGUUUAAAGGGACACUAACAGCCAUUGAGAGCUUUUUGACUGCAAGCUCCGGGCCAGAGGGAGGCUGCAUCCAUGAUGGCACCUGGCAGUCAGCUAUUUACGGCUUUGCAGACAGCCACAAGUUACGCAGCAUCAGGAAAAAGUUUGGUCACAAGCCUCUUCCUGUGGUGGGGGCUAAAAUUAAAAGGAGGGGUGCACUGUUUUUUAGUGAUGAGGUUCAGCAAUAUGCAAUUCCCUUCAUGGGUGCCGACCCAUCAGUGGUGAAGAGAACCCAGCGCUAUUUACAUGAAGAACUCCAGGAGUCUCCGGUUCAGUAUGGAGCGUAUGCCGGUGUUGGCGGCAUUUCCAACAUUUUUAAACUCCUCUUUGCUGGAUUGAUGUUCUGGUUCCUUGUGAAGUUCAGCUUUGGCAGAAAUCUCCUUGUUAAGUUUCCAGAGUUUUUCUCUUUCGGCUUCUUUUCCAAAGAGGGUCCAACUAGAAAGCAGAUGGAGGGUUCUUCUUUCCGCUUUGCCUUUUUUGGAGAGGGUUACACUAAAGGUCAGGACCCCACCGAGGGCAAACCUAACGCUAAGAUCCGGACUCUAGUCCAAGGACCAGAGGCUGGAUAUGUCGCUACCCCAAUUGCUAUGGUUCAAGCAGCCAUUACCAUGCUGAAUGAAUCUGAUUCCCUUCCUAAAACGGGCGGUGUGUACACACCAGGAGCAACGUUCGCCAAAACCACCCUCGUCGACCGCCUCAACAAACACGGCAUCCAGUUCUCUGUCCUCUAAGUAAGAUUAAAGGGGUUCAACUGGCCUGGCUCAAACAUCUGUCUUCUGAAGCACUUAUUCAUUUGCUUGCUUGAAUGUAGAGAAAUCUGUUGUUAUCUGGAGCUUCCUCAGCUAACUUGCAGUGUUUUCCAGUGUAGUGUCCUGGCUUGCACAUAGUAGACUGGGCUGGUUUUACAAGCAUGCACUCUGCUCAAAUGGCUGAGAAAUUUGCACCAAGAGUGAGGCACAAACCCUAUGAGAUCCUUCCUUUUGAACACACACAUCAUUUCCUGUUUCGAUUUGAGAGUUUGAAAUGUUCAUUUGAAUUUUUUUCACCUAUUAUAUUUAUCACAAAAAGAAAUACUUAUACAGUUGACAGACAUCUCUAAAAACAUCUGUAAAGUACAUCCACAGUCAAAUGUAGUAAAAAAAAAAAUAUCUUUUUGUAAUAAUAUAUUAAAAUAGUUGUGAAGCCUACUUGAAAGGUUGGAAUCUUAGUUUAUUUUCUAAAAGAUUACAGAAUGAUACAAUGCUGUUUACUGUAAUGACUGGUCUGCUAGAUGAACUUAUUGCCUGCUGUUGUUCUGGUUUGUUUCAAACUAAAUAAAGAACAUAUCAAACAA